AUGCUAGGUAGCGGUGCUCGCUACCGUCGUUUUCAAGAUAUUCUUCGUGGAGCUACCAAUUUUAAUGCUCAUUUUCAACAAAAUACAAGACGCCAGGGCGUGCCCAUAACAGAGCCCGGAAACGGACAGGCUUCCCAAGAUUCUUUAGUACCAACCGGUCCUCUCCGGGUACCGCCGAUUAGGCCUCCUUCUCGUUCACUGGCCCCUUCGUUAACGGCAGCUACAGAUGCGCCUUCAACCCAAACUCAGACGAGUAUCGCCGAUACUGUACCACCAGUGACGCCUACUACAGAGUCGAACGAAAGUACCACUGCAGCGGAUGUGGGGGAUGCCACAAAGGACAGUGGUUCGGCCAGUUCUGAGGAUUCCAAUCAAGGCCUACCGAACACCUCCUCGAACCUCUCUACCUUGGACCUCUCUACCUCGGCGAGCGUAUCACUAUCAAGACUGGGUGUCGCAGCAUUUCCAACGGUAACCGAGUCGACGUUUUCAAUGACAACUCAAGUUGUCACCCAGACGAGUAUCGUCACGAGAAAUGAUAGGGAGAAAACUCCUCUCAUCGCUGGGACCGUCAUCGGCGCUAUUGCACUUCUCUCCGUUUCGAUCUGGGUUGCUCUUACAUGGUGGCGUCGAUAUCUGAGCAAGGCUAGACAGCGCCGGUCUUCCCGGUCGGAUGAUAUUGCGCCAUUCACGAUGUCCUCUCCCACUCAGAACCCAGUGAAUAAGCUCGGGGCUGAAAGGGAAAGGAUCCGAGCGUAUGCGUUGGGCAAUGUUGAUCAUGAUCAUCAGGAGGGAGUUGAUGACAGGGAUAGUGAUGAAGAAGAGCUUGGUGUGGAGGGUACUGGCCGGUAG